AUGGCAAAACCAGUUUUAGGUUAUUUGGACUUUCGAGUUCUUGCCGAACCAAUUAGGUACUUACUUUAUUAUAAAAAUGUACAGUUUGAGGAUAAAAGGUACCAAAGAGAUGGUACUUGGGACAAAGAAAAAUCUACAUUUGGCUUUGAUUUUCCCAGCUUGCCUUACUAUAUCGAUGGUAAAGUGAAGUUAACGCAAAGUAUUACUAUUUUGAGGUACUUGGCAAAAAAAUUUGAUUUGGAAGGUACAUGCGAAAUGGAACGAGUGAGAGUUGCAUUGGCAGAACAACAGAUUUGGGAUUUCUACAUGGCUUUUGUUCAUGCUGUGGUAAAACCAGGAACUGAAAAAAGGGAAGAGUACUUAAAAAAAGUACCUGAUUCAUUUAAACUAUUAGAAGCUUUCAUCGGAAGUCACAAAUACAUGGUUGGUGAUAAUUUAACAUAUGUUGACUUCAUGGGUUAUGAGUUACUUGACUUUAAUAUCUUGCUAUCAAGAGAUAUUUUAGACGGAUUUCCAAUUUUAAAAGCCUAUCAUGAGCGCAUCAGAAAUCUUCCUGAACUACAAGACUAUUUCAAUUCUUCUACUUACAAAAAAUGGCCGAUUUUCAAACCUCCAGCUGCUUGGGGAAGUAGCGGUGAAAUGCCACAAUGAUUGCUUGAAAUGUAAACUUUUCUUAUUCAAUAACUUUUUAAAAAAAAUUUUCAAUAAGGAUGGACAUUAAAAAGAGUGAUUUUCAAGUUUUUCAAACGGAAUUUUGUUGUAGUUGUAUGAAUAUCAAUAAAUUAUUACAGUUAA